AUGCAUGAUAGUUACAUACUUUCUGUCUCAUCACAACCACCUACAAAGUCAAAACCAUUUAAAAAGAAACAGCAACAACAUUCACCAUCGACCAUAGCAGCCAUCGUAAGACCACAUCCUGAACCUAUUCGUAAUCGACCAUAUUCAGAUUGCGAUUAUUUACCGAUGAAUGGUAAUUCAGCAGCAAAAACAAUAACAACAACAGAACUAAGAAAUUCAAAGAGCCAUGAGGCAUUGAACACUAAUGAUUACUUAGUACCUAUAGCAGAUCCGCUAGAAUUAAGUUUGAAUUCUCAUAAAUUGAUGACAAAUAUUAAUAAUAGUCAUACGGAUAAUGAUAUCUCAAACAUUCCAAAAUUAAAUGAAAGUGGUUUAAAAUAUCUUCAAUUAUCUAAACAGACACCAACAUCUAAUUAUAUGGUUGAAAAUGGUGUUUUAGUAAAUCCGAUUCGUCCAGUAACAAGUCCAACAAAAACAUAUUUUCAGAUUGAUCAUGAAUGUACAAACGUUAUUCGUGAUAUUGCCGAUGAGAGAAAAAAGCAAAAGUAA